AUGCAUUAUUACAGUAUAUAUUUUAAAUAUUACCUUGCGCGAACAUUAUUUUGUACUAUUAGGUCCGGUAUCUUCAAAUUUGAUAAACAUUUUAUAUUAAAGUUCUGUAUUAUUGGAAUAUUCCAUAGAUAUUUUAACGUUUAAACAUUUUUCUUGGGUUUUCCACAUAAAUAUGUUAACCAGGAAAGUUUAUAUAGUUUGCUAAUCUUCGCAAGUACAUACGCGGCAUGAGUCAUCACCUAUCGUUGUCAUAAAUUGAAUAUUUAUACCUUGCUGUUGCAUCACGUGUAUGUAGAUUUGUGUAUAUGUGCAUGCACGUUUAUUUUGUAUUAAAACAAAAGCUAAUUCAGUCACGUCAAAAUUUUUCAACGUUCAAUUUACUUCUAUACAUUUUACGAAUCUCUGCGUCGCAUCAGCAUUUUUUCUCAUUUAAUAAAUAAUAAAUAAUAAAAACAUUAUACGAAAUAAUAAUUUAUAAAAUUAAUCCGGAAAAUUAUAUAAGAGACGUUACAGUAUUUUAAAAUUCUCACAUUUAAGCACAAUUAGCAUGUCUAACUGGCACUUUAGAGCUAAAAAUGCUUUUCAUCCUGCGGAUCCGCCACACGGCAUGCAAAAUUAUGACAUAGGCGCUUUAACGAGAGAUCAGAAGCAAGCUUUGAACAAAAUGAAAAUGAAUACUCGACGGGAAAAUGAAAUUUAUCUUAAAUCACAUCCAGAAGUCAAAGGUUUGAUCACCAUUUUGUUAAGACAUAUCCUAUCGAAGGAGCCGCUCAUCGAUAUUCCUGAGGUCGUAGGUACAUUUUUCAACAGACCUCGUCGUGAAAUUGUCGCUGACCUUUUGGAUUACUUGUCGUCUGUCGAUAAACGACCGGAUAUAAUAGACAGCCUUCGAGAGGAACUAUUCCGAGCGACUAAUGUUGAAACUCAUAAUAACAAUGAUUCAAACUCACGAUCCGAUUAUAACUCUUGCAAUUGUAAUCGGGAUAAUGCAACUCGCCAUUUUUAAAAUUUCAAUAAUACGUUGAAAUAAGAUGAUUUAUAUAUGUGCUCUCUUCUUGUCAAAUUUAAAAUUAAUUUUGUUUGAUCUGUAUCUCCAAUAAUGAUUCGAUUAAUUGAUAAUUUAAUCA